AUGGGGAAAUAUGUAGAGAAACUAAUGAAGAAAAUUAAAGAAAAAAUUGUAAAUAAUGGGAAUCCAAAUCAAUAUGAUAAAAGUAGAUCGAACAAACAGUUAGCAAAAAUAAAACUACUGAUGUUUGAUGGGAGCUAUGACCAAUGGUUUACAUUUCAUGAUAUUUUCCAAAAGGUUAUUCAUGAAAGAAAUUGCCUGACAACCAUUGAAAAAAUGCAGUAUUUAAAAACGAAUGUCCAAGGACAAGCUAGCAAAAUGAUAAAACAUUUGGACAUAACCGAAAACAACUACCAGUCAGCUUGUGACAUUUUGAAGAAGCGUUAUGAAAAUAAAAGAAAACUAGUAGAAACAUUGGUUGAUAAAAUAUUGGAUUUGCCACUAGGUCAUAAUGAAGCAUCUGAUAAACUCAAAGAACUCCAUGAUUUUACAAUGGAAUGUAUAAAUGCUAUGAUUAACCUUGGCAUUGAUACAGGAUCAUGGAGACCGAUGCAAAAAUGCGAAAAUGGGAUACCAAGAGGUUAUAUGAACAAACAUUAUGCAAACCGCAUGAAGUUCCAGAUUUUAACAGUUUAA